CUUGCGCCGCUUGCUUGCCUGCUGCAGGGUUGGUUUGGCUCGGCUGUUGCCAACCCUCCCUGGUCGCUUUUUGGAGAUUUCUUUUUAUAUACGGAGUAGAUUCGUAAUAAAUAAUAUAUAACUUAGCUCUCUCAGUCCUCAAUCAUGAUUCACACUUCCAUCCACAACGUUAUAUAUAGGCUUUGAACAUAACUAAAGCUUAGUUUCUUAGCGGAAUCCCAGUUCCGCGAAAAAGCUCCCCCCCACUUCCCACCAAAACUUUUUCCACCCAUAUCCGUCCCCGCCCCCUCACCAGGAACGAAGAAGAAAACCUCGCAUUGCCCACACCAUAGUUCUUUUUGCUCACUAGACCCUAUUCCCCAUAAGUCAACAAAACAAGUAAAAAAUAAACAAUAAAAAAGAAAAAAAGAAAAGACCUCAAAGACCAACUCAUUCCCACUGAGGCAAAUUUCCCCCAUCCCUCACCAGGAACGGCCCCGAUUGACACCGAGAUCCAAAGCAACCAUGUCUCCCCCAGCUGCAACUGACUCUCAUGCUCUGAAAAAUGGAACCCCAGCCGAGCAAUUGACAGUCGACGGCGUGCCCACCCUGCGGGCUAAGGGUGAGAUGCCAACUGGCGUCGCCGCUUUUUCCAGUAGUGAUAUGUUUAAGAGUGCUGCGUGCUUCGCUAAACCGAAAGCGAAACGCUUCGAUCAUCUUCUAUCCACUGAAAGCAAAGCUCGAAAGGGCUCGUCAUUGAAACAAGCUGCUCAAUAUCUCAAGACACCCGGCCUGAUCUCGUUGGGUGGCGGUCUUCCAUCAUGCGAAUAUUUCCCCUUCGAAUCCAUCUCCAUGAAAGUUCCCACCCCGCCGCAUUUCUCAGAAGAGGAUACGGUUAAGACGGGAAAGGUUGUGACUGCUGGGAAAUACGAUAUACGGGAUGGGAAGAGCGAAUAUGAUUUGGAGAUAGCUCUGAACUACGGCCAGUCAAAUGGCGCAGCCCAGAUGUUACGUUUUGUAACUGAACAUACGGAGAUAGUCCAUAACCCUCCAUACGCCGACUGGCACUGCUGUCUCUCCGCCGGAAGCACGUCAGCUUGGGACAUGGCAUUGCGCAUGUUCUGUGAGCGGGGGGACUACAUCAUCACGGAAGAGUAUACAUUUGCGACAGCUCUAGAGGCAGCAGCACCCUUGGGCAUCCGCGCAGCCGCUGCCAAGAUGGAUGACCAAGGCCUCCUUCCCGAAUCACUCGACGAGCUGAUGACCGGCUGGGACGAGGCCGCAAGGGGCGCCCGCAAGCCUCACCUCCUCUACAUCAUUCCCUCCGGUCAGAACCCGACCGGCUCCACCCACAGCGCCGAGCGGAGAAAGGAAGUCUACAAGAUUGCGCAGAAACAUGAUAUUUUCAUCGUUGAGGACGAGCCGUACUAUUUCCUGCAAAUGCAGCCGUAUAAGGGGGCGGGGACCCCGCCUGACCCGCCGCCUGCUAACCAUGAGGAGUUUUUGAAGACUCUGAUCCCAUCCUAUUUGAGCAUCGAUGUUGACGGGCGCGUCUUGCGGCUGGAAUCGUUCUCUAAAGUCAUCUCCCCCGGGUCAAGAACGGGGUGGGUUGUCGGCUCGGAACAGAUUGUCGAGCGCUAUAAUCGACAUUCCGAGGUGUCCACGCAGAACCCCAGCGGCAUGGCGCAGAUAAUCCUCUUCAAGCUCCUGGAUGAGAGCUGGGGGCAUAAAGGGUAUCUUGAUUGGUUGAUCAACAUCCGAAUGGCGUAUACUGCUCGGAGGAAUAGUAUGCUGGAGGCGUGCGAGAAGUAUCUUCCGAAAAGUGUGGCGAGUUGGAAUCCCCCCGCUGCUGGGAUGUUUCAUUGGAUCAAGGUAGACUGGCACAAGCACCCGGGUGCUCGCGAAGGCAAAGACCACGCCGCCAUCGAGCACUCCAUCUUCAAAGCUACCAUCGCGGAAGGGGCGCUUGUCUCUGCCGGCAGCUGGUUUGUAGCAGAUCGCUCUAUUCCGGAGACGGACAUGUUCUUCCGGGCUACCUAUGCUGCGGCUCCUAGCGACAAGAUCGAGGAAGCCAUCAAGCGGUUCGGUAUCGCGUUGAGGGCUGAGUUUAAGUUGGAAUAAAUUGGCCUUGUCUGGUUCCUCGGGAUUUGAUGAAGCGCGAGGAUGAGGAUCUAGGUUGACUAUUUUUUAUUUUUUUUUCCAGCUUAUUCGUUCAUAGAAAGCGCCUGUAGAGGAUGCAUUUGGCAUUUUUUAACGGUUUGGAAUAGGAUACUACCCUUAUCUAGACAAUAUGUCAUGAAUUAUUUAAAAUGGUAGUAAGCAUCUGAUUCUCUAUCAUAUCAUUCCCAAUUACUCUUCUCAUAUCGUUGAACAACAGAUAAUUCCAUGUGUGGUCUAUUCGCAAUUCACUCCACCUGAAGCAUCUUAGAAAAAGAAAAUUCUUCUCCUUCCAGUAGUUAACUUGGCUAGAAAGUAAUUCCAUCCUUUCAGUGUAGAAACUAAAUAUAUACAUACAUACUCGCUAAGAGUUUAAGGAUUCUAAGAUUAAAAGAAAGAACAAAAAUCCCACUCUAACCCUCAUCCCAUUCAAAUUGUCAUCAUACACACAUCCCCUUGCAACGAGAAAAAAGCCAUAAACUUAUCCUCACCAAGCUCCCUCCUCCCUUCCCCGCCCUUCACCAUCUCCACCCCUCCUCACGCACCAGUCCGCUUCCCCCCCUCCCCUCCUUACCCAAACUAGUACCAUCCCGCACCGUCCCGCCUAGUCCCUUCACUGUAUCGCCCACGCCCUCAGUUACACCUCCCGCCGUACUUCCCAGCCCCUUCCCAGCCGCCCCGACGGUCUCACCGGCUGUAUUCAGGGUGCCGCCUACUAAGUCCUCCGGCGGUUUUAGUCACGCCGCCCAGGACACCGCCGCCACUGCCAUUAUUGGUGGCUUGUUGGUUUUGGGUGGAGGAUUGGAUUGGGGUUGGGUGCGGUCAGUCAUUUUGGGCAGAAUGUGAGAGAGAGUGGGUGUGUCGUUUUAGGUAGAAUAUGAGGAGAUAUAUAUAAGAUAUAUAAACUUCGUUUAGAUGAAGGAUUCAGUUAAUUAGCCAGCUGAUAACCAUGAUGGACAAGCUGCAGAAAUCAUGUUUCUUCUACAUCAUGAAGUUUGAUAAUGAGUGAUGCCCAGUUCAAUUAUUGUUGUGGUGAUAAAGAGUACAUUCAAAGAGUGACAUAUUUCAUUUCCAUUGCCCAUUUGCAGGCUCACCAAAUAGAUAACAAUUGGGACUACUUUUGCAGCUGGUCUCGUAUCCAACUGGCAACAUGGCAACAUGAAGGUUGUAGAGCGACCGGCAGCAUUGACGCUAACCGAAGCUGGGAACCAAAGAGACGACCUGGGACUAACCAAAUCAGGGCAAUUGCCCCGGACCGGAUGAGGAAUCCUAGAUCGGAUUAACUGAGGGCCGAUGAUCUGGCCUGAUAUCUCGGGCGUUAAAAAGGGGGGGGGCGGCGGGAACGG